GCUCAGCAGCCAUGUAGCUAAGCUUUUAUUUUGAAAACGUCCUUUCCGUCGGCUAGAAAAAAAAAUUCUUCCGGUCUGAGUGUGAGAGGCGGAACAAGCGGCCCUGAAGAGGGGAACAAAGGACGAUUGAGUUGACCAAUAUGGAAAUGGCUAGCUCUCCAUAGACCAGUCUCCAACCACGAUGUCAAAGCGACCUUCUUACGCCCCUCCCCCUCCCCCUGCCCCAACAACGCAAAUGCCUUCCACCCCAGGGUUUGUGGGCUACAACCCUUACAGCCAUCUGGCCUACAACAACCUCCGGCUGGGAGGGAGCUCCGGAGGCUCCAGCAGGAACUCCUCAGGCAUCACCGUCCCAAAGCCUCCCAAACCUCCAGACAAGCCGCUGAUGCCUUACAUGCGGUACAGCCGGAAGGUAAGCAGGAAGGUAUGGGAUCAGGUGAAGGCGUCCAACCCGGACCUGAAGCUGUGGGAGAUUGGGAAGAUCAUCGGAGGGAUGUGGAGGGACCUGACUGAUGAGGAGAAACAGGACUACCUGAACGAGUAUGAAGCUGAAAAGAUCGAGUACAACGACUCUUUGAAGGCGUACCACAACUCACCAGCCUACCUGGCCUACGUCAAUGCUAAGAACCGGGCCGAGGCCGCCAUGGAGGAGGAGAGCAGGCAGAGACAGAGUCGUAUGGACAAGGGAGAGCCGUACAUGAGCAUUCAGCCCGCGGAGGACCCUGAUGACUACGACGAUGGUUUUUCAGUGAAGCACACGGCAGCCGCUCGCUUCCAGAGGAACCACCGGCUCAUCAGCGACAUCCUCAGUGAGAUCGUGGUGCCUGACGUCCGCUCGGUGGUCACCACAGCCCGCAUGCAGGUCCUGAAGAGGCAGGUCCAGUCUCUGAUGGUUCACCAGAGGAAGCUGGAGGCAGAACUUCUGCAGAUUGAGGAUCGCCAUCAAGACAAGAAAAGACGCUUCCUGGAGACUACCGACUCCUUCAACACUGAACUCAAACGGCUGUGCAGCCAGAAGGUCGAGGUGGACAUGGAGAAGCUAGCAGCAGAGAUGGCUGCUGCCGAAGAGGCAGCCAGGCGCCGGGUGGAGGAGAGAGAGCGCGAGGCAGCCGAGCAGGCGGAGAAAGCUGCUCAACAGGCGCAGCAGCAGCAACAACAACAGCAACAGCAACAGGAGACUGCUGGAAACAAAGCUGCGGAACAGAGCAGUGCUAAUGCUAGCAGCGCAGCUAACCCAACCUCAGGGACCAAAGAGGAGGACAAGCCCACACCGAUGGAGACAGAUGAGGCGACCCCUGCAGAGCCUCCUUCAGACCCGCAGCCUGCUCCACCUCGUCCAUCUGACCCCCCCUCUUCUGCUCCUGAUAAAGCAGCCCCUGCCCCCGAACCCCCCAGGGAGAGCAGCACUCCCAGCAGCAGUGCCCCCAGUGAUGACAACAGCAGCAGCAGCAGCAGCAGCAACAGCAACAGCAGCAGCAGCGUGCCCCCUCCUUCCUCAGACAGCACCUCUGGAGCAGCGGCCCCCGACCCCCCAGCGGCCCAGGAAGCCAGCUCCAGUGUUGCUAACCCAAACGUGGUAGUGGCACCUCCGCCUCCCCCAGCUUCAGAAGAAGCAGCUCCAGCACCACCACCACCACCUCCACCACCACUACUGCCCCCCAGCCAGAGCAGCCAGCAGUACGACAUGUAAUGGUCAGUCAGUUAGAUACUCAGUGGUAGCUGUAGCUCUCCUUUACUCCUCUAGUGGCUGCAGCAGCGCUUUGAUGGAGUAGCAGGUGUGGAGGACGUGGGUCUGGUAUAACAGAAGUGUUGAAUGGUUGAGGAUGUGCUGGUAUGGUCACUAAAUAGUUAACAUGUCUUUCAUACUAGAGCGCUGUAGGGCUCUCAUCAGCCAGCCUCAUGUAGCUGGUCCAAACAAGGAUUAGGAUUUCACUCAAAUCUGUGUAAGUUUCCUUUAAAUGCCUGCUUUGAUGAUGUGAGUGAAUGGAUUGAAUUGUCACCAAAGAGUACAACAGUUAACUCACUUUGUGCUCCGAGCUUCUUUUUUCUUCUUUUCCAAUUUUUUUUUUCCCAGUAGAUGAUAACCACACACACACACUUCAGACAGGAUACUUUACACCACUGGAUGCUAGGAUGUCAUAUACUGGUCACAUCACUGUUACUGCUGUCUGCCACCAUUUACUGUCCAAAAUCUAACUCCUCACACACCAGCUCGGGUGACAACAUUUUGCAAAUUAUGUUUCUGUUGGUCGUUACUCAUUUAAGCUACAGUCCUGCAUCACUGUUCAUGUUUGAAGCGGUAUUGUACACAGUGUUCCAUAAUACUGAACCUGUGUAUUUGGGGGGGGGGGGCAGGCACAUACAUACACACAUACACAUUCAAGUUCAAAAGCAAACCUCAAAUAAACUCCCACUAUGUACGCUGAGAUAUUUGAGUUACACAUACUUGUAUAUUGUGCAGUGUUGUUAUUAACCUUCAAGUCAGCCUUCUUAGUAUGCUUAAAUAAGACCACAGCUGCAAAAUAAAGGGGUACAUGUCUGAAAGCUGGUGAAGGUGGAUCUUGCAUGAAAGGGCAUCAACCUUGUUGUCCCCAAUUUAAAACCUCAAUUUUGUAGUUUCUCAGUUGUUGUGAUUUGCAAAACUACUACUGUUACUACUGCUUUGUGUUUUUUGUUUAUUUUUUUAAUGUUUUUCCAGAGAUCUAGCUGAACCUUUUUUAGAUUAAUAUAAUCAGAUUCAGCCUCCGUAUUAAAGCUUCACUCUUGAAUCAGAUGCCAUUUCUAACAGGUCUCAGUUUGACUGGGGAUCAUGCAGCUUGUGGAGGCGCACAUGACAGACAUAUUUUAAUUAUUUGUGCACCCACAUUGUGCAUGAUAUGCUGAAUACUGAUCAUAAACGUAAUAGAAUUUGAACUUUUCCUGAAAUCUUGGGUAAAAAAAAAAGAGUCCAGGUUGAGGGAAGGUGAUGUUUGUAGGAAGUGUAGGACAAGACACAUCUUGUGUGCAAGAAACAAAACCAAAAAAAAAGAAAUGGGCAUAUCUCCAAGGUGCUUUUUAAAAUGAUGUAGAUGAUAAUAUAAAAAGUUGACACGUGUUUGUUCCCCUGUUUUUAUCACAUUUAUGUAGGCUUAUGCGAUAGCUACUAAUUAGCAUAUAAUCUAAGAGCUUCUCAUCAAGUUGGGACUGUUUUUUGUUUUUUAACAACUACAUUCCUCCUCUGGGUUGCAUAUUCCUAUUGACACCACAAACAUGUAAGCAGAGCACAGAAGUGUGCACGCUCCCGUCAUCCAAACCUAACCUCAGUCACCUGAGCAUUUAAAAGACUGUUUUCUUACUUGAACUGGACUGUUUUUAGUAAUAUGCCUCUGUUUUUGCAUCUUUCUUUUGUACUGUCUGAACUUAUCUAUCCAAAUAAAGAUGAUUUCUUUUGA